CGCGCAGCGGGGCCGCGCCGGCGACGUGGAGGCGGGCGGGGACCGUGAGGGGCCGUGAGGGGACCCGGGAGAGGCACCGGCCGAAGCACCCCGGUACCGACCCCGCCGCCACCGACCUCGGGCCCAGGUUACGGACGGAAUGAAAAUUUAGAAGGACCCUUCAUUUGCCAAAUAAAGAAGAUGGGAGCAAAUAGCAGCAGCAUCAGUGAGCUUCCAGAAAAUGAGUACUUACAGAAACUGUCAGGAUCAGAGCCCAUCUCUGAGAAUGACCCAUUCUGGAAUCAGCUUCUGUCUUUUAGCUUCACUACUCCAACUAACAGUGCUGAUUUAAAGCUUUUGGAAGAAGCCACAAUCUCAGUCUGUAAGUCUUUAGUUGAGAAGAAUCCUCGAACGGGAAACCUUGGAUCAUUGAUUAAAGUCUUUCUUUCUAGAACCAAAGAGUUAAAAAUUUCAGCAGAAUGUCAGAACCACCUCUUUAUCUGGCAGGCUCACAAUGCACUGUUCAUUAUUUGCUGUUUGCUGAAAGUAUUCAUCAGUCAAAUGUCAGAAGAGGAGCUGCAACUUCAUUUUACUUACGAAGAGAAAGCAGGACCAAGCUCAUAUGGAACAGAGUGUGAAGACCUCAUAGAAGAGCUGCUGUGUUGCCUCAUCCAGCUCAUUGUUGAAAUUCCCCUCUUGUACCCCUGUCAGCACACAGACAGUAACUGGUGGAAAUGGUUGUGCUCAUGGUACAGGGGAAGGUACAGUGGAGGUGUCACUUCAGCUCUGGGGUAUGCAGUAAGAGAUAUUACAUACAGCAUUUCUUUGGAAGCCGUGACAACUCUCAUUGUGUUCCUCUCCUGCCAAUUAUUCCACAAAGAGAUUCUUCGAGAGAGCAUCAUUCACAGAUACCUGAUGCAUGGUCGAUGUCUCCCAUACACCAGCAGACUUGUGAAAACUUUGCUGUAUAAUUUCAUUAGACAAGAGAGAAGCCCUCCUCCAGGGGCCCACGUCUUUCAGCAGCAAACAGAUGGAGGAGGACUGCUCUAUGGAAUUGCAUCUGGGGUGGCAACUGGCCUGUGGACAGUGUUCACGCUGGGUGGGGUGGGCAGCAAAUCGUCAGCACAGCUGGAGCAGUGCUCCCCUCUGGCCAGCCAGAGCCUGCUGCUGCUGCUGGUCCUGGCCAACCUGACUGAUGCUCCAGACAUCCCAAAUCCGUACAGGCAAGCCAUCAUGUCCUUCAAGAACACACAAGAUAAUACCGCUUUUUCAUCAUCAAAUCCACAUGCUUUCCAGAUUAACUUUAACAGUUUAUACACAGCUUUAUGUGAGCAGCAGAAAUCUGAUCAAGCCACUCUUCUCUUAUACAUGCUUCUGCAUCAGAACAGCAAUAUGCGGACCUACGUGUUGGCACGGACAGACAUAGAAAAUCUGGUUCUGCCAAUUCUUGAAAUUCUGUAUCACGUUGAAGAAAGGAAUUCACACCAUGUUUACAUGGCCCUUAUAAUUUUGCUGAUCCUUACAGAAGAUGAUGGCUUCAACCGAUCCAUUCAUGAAGUGAUACUGAAAAACAUCACUUGGUAUGCUGAGCGUGUCCUAACAGAGAUCUCACUUGGGAGUCUUCUGAUACUGGUUGUGAUAAGAACCAUCCAGUACAACAUGACACGGACAAGGGACAAAUACCUUCAUACAAAUUGUCUGGCAGCCUUAGCAAAUAUGUCAGCACAGUUCCGCUCGCUUCAUCAGUAUGCUGCUCAGAGGAUCAUCAGUCUAUUUUCUCUGUUAUCUAAAAAACACAACAAAGUGCUGGAGCAAGCCACGCAGUCCUUGAGAGGUUCCCUGGGUUCAAACGACUCUCCACUUCCUGAUUAUCACUUUUGGGAGAUGUCUGAUUGCCUUCACUUCUCUGAAACAAAGUUGAGACACGCGCAAGACUUGAAUGUGAUUGAGGAAGUGAUCCGAAUGAUGCUGGAGAUCAUCAACUCCUGCCUGACCAACUCCCUCCAUCACAACCCCAACCUGGUGUAUGCUCUGCUCUACAAGCGGGAUCUGUUCGAGCAGUUUCGGACUCACCCCUCCUUCCAGGACAUCAUGCAAAAUAUAGACCUGGUGAUCAGCUUUUUCAGCUCCCGAUUAGAGCAAGCUGGAGCUGAGCUGUCAGUGGAGCGAGUUCUGGAAAUCAUCAAGCAAGGAGCUGUUGCUUUGCCCAAAGACAGGCUAAGAAAGUUCCCUGAGCUGAAGUUCAAGUACGUGGAGGAGGAGCAGCCUGAGGAGUUCUUCAUCCCCUACGUGUGGUCCCUGGUGUACAACUCUGCCGUGGCCCUGUACUGGAACCCCCGUGACAUCCAGCUCUUCACCAUGGACUCGGGCUGAGGGACACCCCUGCCAGGCCAGCCCCGCUCCGUCUUACAGGAAUUGAACCUCUGCACCUCUUCCAACCUGACCCCCUCCAACUGCCCCCUCCGAGCCCAGAGCCAGUGUCCAGCCUCACGCUGGGACAGACUGGUGUGGGGCACAGAUGGCUUGUAGGCAACCUUGUGUUUAUAGUCCAUAACCUAGAGCUUGUUUGAUGAAAAUGAGGCCUUACACAUGGGGUAUGAUGUUACUACCAACCACAAACCUGAUCGUCCUUUUAACUAAACGGGCUAAUUGAGAUUGCAGGCUUUGAUUUGGAAGCAGCGUUUGUAUUUUUGGCUCUUUUGAGUGGGCAGCUUCCUUGGUUCAAGCUUUUCAUGGUCUCUUGGAUGCUGCCGUGGGUUGCUCGUUACCUAAUCCCGUGUUUUCACUCACAGCCCUUCGUUUCCGUGGCACUGUCAAGGCUGCAGCCCUUAAAUUGCUGUCUACACUGUCAUCCGAGGGAACUAAGCAAGCAGCAUCUUAAUCAGGUUAGCUCCCAGGCAGAUUCAAAACACUUGAUUUAGAUGUUUGUGGGAGGAUUUUCAAUAGCAAGUCUUUUGUUGUUGUUGUUGUUUGACUGGCAAAUACUCUCCAGAGGGCAAGAAACACCUGCUUUCAGAGUCAGGUCCCUUACAGACUUGUUUUUCUGUGCUCCUCUGCAAAAUUGUUCCUGGAAAUUGAACGUGUAAGGAAAGGGGGGG